AUGUCACUCAACAUCCGUGUCACCACCACUGUCACUCGCAGCGCAUCGGAGCCAGGACUACUUCUCGACAGCGAUGGAGAUGAACUACCGCUGCUAGGCAACAUUAGUCGUUGGACGACGGGAGGAUCUUGGACGAUGGGGAGAGCCUGGGGUGAAGACGAUGAACAGGCAAGGAAUGCCGAUGAUGAACAACCCAGCUACCCCCACCGUCCUGGUGCCACCUAUCCCUACAAUGACCCACCGGAGGACGGAUCGCAACCUGCACCAGCUGUCACCAUCAAGGAGCAGAUAAGGUAUGCUUGGAUGAUCAAAUCUUCGAGCAACCCAGCGGCAGGACAGGUAUCGCUCAUCGCCCCAGACGUAGCAUCACCCUACGAUGUCUUCAUCACCACGCCACUGACAUUCCUAAUGGAAUGCGAUGGUCAUCGUCUCUACGUCCAUCAUACAGGCACGGGCGACUUUGCCACCUUCCAUGCCUUCGUCUUCACUUGGGACAACCAGAAGGUCGCAUGGCACCUCUACUCGGAAGACUCACCUCAUCGCGUCUUCAGUCAAUGGGUCACUCUGCUCUAUCUGCCACCCAUUCCAAGCAUGCACAAUUGGUAUCCAACACCCAACAGGAUGCGUAUCAUCAGCGUUCACUUUGCGGAUAAGGAAGAAGGCGUUGAACAAUACGAGGUCGAACUUUUCAGGACGUUCUCCGAUCAAGUCCACUAUGGAGACACCAAGACACCUCGUGAGUUCACGCCGGUCAUCUUCCAACCCCUUGUUGCCAUGAUUGAGCAGCCUGGAUGGCUCACCGACGGCGUCGAUGCACUGAAGGCAGUCCUUUAUGAAGACGGAUCCAUCUCGCACUGGGCACCCACCGAGUUCCAUCCUCAACCCCAAGAGGAUCUCGAUGAGGAAUGGGAGGUCGUACCUCAUACUACCGUCCCAGUCUACGACUAUGUAGGUGUCCGCGGCAAACGAUGA